AUGUCUGCCAGUGUGGCUGAUACCCAUGAUAAAGGUCCUCGGAUUCUGGCAGUGGUAUGGACAUUAUCAACCCUUACGACUAUUUUCGUCGCUGCACGCGUGUAUAUCCGUCAAUGGUUGAUCCGCAAUGCAGGUAUUGACGACUAUAUUAUCGUUGUGUCACUGUGCCUAACAUUAACAUCCGUGGGAAUGACCACAGCAAAUGUGCAUAUGGGAUACGGAAAGCAUGCUUGGUUCCUGGACCAGAGCACCGUGGAGACGAUAAGUUUGGUUAACACAAUCAGCUUUGUAAUCGGCAUCUUUUGCUUUACCAUUCCAAAAGUCGCAGUAACCGUUCUUUUGACUCGGAUCCUCAAUCCCAGCCGUUUACAGCGUAUAUGGCUAUGGACGAUGAUUGGAGUUACGGCUUCGGUGUCAUUUGUAUGUAUAUUUUUAUUGGUGUUCCAAUGCGACCCCCCUCAGGCCGCAUGGCAGCGCCGCCUCGUCACCGAGGGCAAAGCGAACUGCAAUGAUGUACAAAUUUUGAUUAAGUAUGCCAUCUUCAAUGCUGCACUAUCCGCCAGUGCUGACCUGUACUUGGCCAUAUAUCCCAGUACUGUCCUCAUGAAACUUCGCAUGCCAUUGCAGAAGCGUCUAGCACUUUGCGCUGCCUUGGGCAUGGGGUCUAUCAUCGAAUCCAAUGUUCUCAUUUUAGCAUCGUGUAUUCCGACUCUCCAGCCGAUCCUCGAACUGACGCUUAGGGGACACGUUCACACCAGAAGCCCUCGAGGGAAAGACGCCAACUACCCACGCGAUUCCGUUUUCCAGAGAACCGGACACAGAACAAACCGACGGUCGGAUCGCUCGAUUACGCACGUCGAGAGCCAGGAGAGUAUCCUUGGAGCCGAAGAACGGAAAAAUAGCCAUCCCCUCGGUGCUAUCGUGCGGACAGAUGAUGUUUCGGUGGAAUUCAACACUAGAUCGGGGCAUAGCAUGCCAGAGAGGCAUAUGACGUGGCAGAUUGCUUAA